AUGAAUAAUCCACGCGACAUGGACACAUCCGUGCAGGUGUCGAACGGCGACAGCGUGUGGGUGGUGGAGUUCUUCCCGCUGCGCGCGGAGGGGCUGCAGCUGCCGCCCGCCUUCGGCGAGGUGUCGUUCGACCCGGCGGCCGUUCUGGAGGGCGUGGUGUCCGACGACGCGUGCGCCUCUCAGCCCUGCCUGCACAACGCCACGUGCACCCUCACCUGGAACGACUACACAUGCUCGUGCCCGCGUGGCUACAAGGGCAAACAGUGCGCUGAAGUGGAAUUCUGCCAGCUGCAAGGCUGUCCCCUCAACUCGCAUUGCCGCAAUCUGGAUGGAGGGUACGAGUGCGUGUCGAACGCGACGUUCGACGGCGCCAACACUACGCUGCGCUACCGGCUGCGCGUGCCGCCCGCCUACCCCGAGCGCGGCGCGCCCGAGCGCCAGCCGCCGCCGCCCCCGCACUCGCUCACCAUCACCUACAGGAGCAAGAGCGGCGGCACGCUGCUGCACGCGGAGCUGGGCGAGUGGUGGUUCAGCGUGGGCGCGUUCAAGGAGCAGGUGGCGGUGCAGUGGCGGCUGGGCGGCGCGCUGCCGGCGCUGCGCAGGAUGCGCGCCCGCCGCGACCACCGCCACUGGACCACGCUGCGCCUGCGGCUGGCGGACGGUCACCUCACGGGCGGCUUCGUGGAGGCCGAGGGCGAGGAGGAGGUGGGCUUCUCGGCGCCCAUCGACGUGGAGGCGUGGCAGCGGCUCAUGCUGGAGGGCGAGCUGCAGCUGGGCGGGGUGCACCGCCCUCGCUCCUCCCCCGCACCCACCACGCCCCCCGCACCCCUCGCGCUGCCCACCGACUCGGCCAGCUCCAGCACGGCACUAGCGGAGAUCUCAACAGAAGCCGUGUGGGAAUAUGCAGAGGGAGAUGAUCUCAUACCGGACAAUCUUUCCGGUGAAUUUUUCAAAGGCUGCAUGGGUGCGGUUCACGUUGGCGAGCUGUUACUGCCAUUCUUCAGCGAGGAGGAGUUAUUUGUAGGAGCCACCGCCUCGUUACUGGCCAGACAGCCUUACUACGCCCUUCUGUCGGGGCGACCGUGGGGCGCCGCCCAGGGCGUGGGCUGCGUGCUGUGCCUGGAGCAGGACUGCCGCCAGGGCGGCCACUGCGCCGACGUGCGCACCUCCUACGCCUGCGCCUGCCCCGCCGGCUACGCAGGCGACUACUGCGAGAUCGACGUGGACGAGUGCGAGAGCAACCGGUGCCAGAACGGCGCGACGUGCAAGGACGGCGUGGCCGCCUACACGUGCGUGUGCCCCGAGGGCUUCGAGGGCGACCUGUGCGAGCGCGACGUGGACGAGUGCGCGUCGGCGCCGUGCCUGAACGGCGGCACGUGCGCCGACCUGGCGGGCGGGUUCGCGUGCGCGUGCGGCGCCCAGUGGCGCGGCGCGCGCUGCGAGGAGGCGCGCGCGCCCUCGUGCGCGGCCGCGCCCUGCGCGGAGGGCGCCACGUGCCGCGACGAGGGCGGCGCCGUCGCCUGCCUCUGCGCCGACGGCUGGGCGGGCGCGCGCUGCGAGCGCGCCUUCUGCGAGCUGACGCCCUGCGUGCACGGCCGCUGCCUGGCGGAGGAGCGGCCGCCGCGCUGCGAGUGCGAGGCCGGCUUCGGCGGGCGGCUGUGCGAGCGCGAGCGCGGCCCGUGCGCCGAGGCCGCGCCCGACGCGUGCCUGCACCGAGGCCGCUGCACGAACGCCACGCCCGACCGUCCGCUCUGCGACUGCGCCGGCACCGGGUGGAGGGGCGCGCGAUGCGAGGUGGACGUGGACGAGUGCAGCGAAGGCCUCGUGAGCUGCGGCCCCGGCGUCUGCCACAAUCUGCCAGGCUCCUACACAUGCGAGUGUUCGGCCGGCUACUGCGGCGACGAGUGCAAGCUGCCGGACCCGUGCUACGAGCUGGGCGCGGGCGGGGGCAACUCGAGCGCAGCGCCGUCGGGCCCCUGCGAGAACGGCGGCCGCUGCGAGCAGCGCUGCUCGUCGCGCGUGGACUACGUGUGCCAGUGCGUGGGCGGCUGGGCGGGGCGCAACUGCUCGCAGCAGGGUGUGGCGGAGGGCGGGGGCGGCGGCGGGGGCGGGGGCGGCGGCGCGGCGCGGCUGGCGCUGGGCGUGGGCGGCGCGCUGCUGGCGCUGGCGGCGGCGGCGGCGGCGGGCGCGCUCCUGGCGGCGCAGGCCCGCCGCAAGCGCGCCACGCGCGGCACCUACUCGCCCUCCGGCCAGGAGUACUGCAACCCUCGCGCCGAGAUGAUGCACCACGCGCUCAAGCCGCCGCCGGAGGAGCGCCUCAUA